UCAGCCAGGCAGGCAGUGAGCGAUUGAAAGUGAAACCGACUGGUUUGGUGUGCUGUUUCUGCGUGCGAGAGUAUCUUGCGCAGCCAGGUUGUGCAAUUUCUGUAGAAGCUAUUUAAAUUUAUUACGCGUAAUGGCACUGCGAGCGCUAACCGGUCGGAUUGGAUCCUUGCGCGGAGUCUUGAAUGGUGGAAACGUUACCCGAGCAUUCGCAUCAACCAGCCAACCCGAAUUCAGCUGGGAGGAUCCGCUGAACCUGGAGUCACAGCUCAAGGAGGAUGAGAUCGCCAUUCGGGACUCGUUCCGGGUUUACUGCGAGGACAAGCUGCUGUCGCGGGUGAUCCACGCUAAUCGCGAUGAGGUGUUUCACAAGGAGAUCAUGAAGGAGCUGGGUUCGUUUGGGGUGCUGGGUUGCACGAUCAAGGGUUACGAGUGUGCCGGCGUCAGCAACGUGGCGUAUGGACUGCUAACGCGCGAGGUUGAGCGUAUAGAUAGCGGGUACAGAUCGGCGUUCAGCGUUCAGAGCUCACUGUGCAUGGGCGCGAUCUACGACUAUGGCAGCGAGGCGCAGAAGCAAAAGUAUCUGCCGAAGAUGGCCCGCGGGGAGUUGAUCGGGUGCUUCGGACUGACCGAACCCAACCACGGUAGCGAUCCGUCGUCGAUGGAGACGCGGGCCGUUCACGAUCCGAAGACGAAGACCUACGUGCUGUCCGGAAGCAAGACGUGGAUCACCAACUCGCCGGUGGCGGACGUUUGCAUCGUGUGGGGCAAGACCGAGGACGGCAAGGUUCGGGGAUUCAUCGUUGACCGGUCCGAGAGUUCGCAGGGACUGUCGACGCCAAAGAUCCAGGGCAAAUUUUCGCUGCGAGCGUCCGACACCGGCAUGAUUCUGAUGGACGAAGUGCGCAUCCCCGAGGACAACAUUCUGCCGAACGUUUCCGGUAUGCGGGGCCCGUUCGGAUGUCUGAACAACGCGCGCUACGGUAUCGCUUGGGGUGCCCUAGGUGCCGCAGAGUCCUGCCUGAAGAUCGCCCGUGGCUACACGCUGGACCGAAAGCAGUUCAAGCGACCGCUGGCCGCCAACCAGAUCAUGCAGAAGAAGAUGGCCGACAUGCUGACGGAGAUCAGUCUGGGACUGGCGGCGUGCCUGCACGUGGGACGACUCAAGGACCAGAAGAUCCACACGCCGGAGAUGAUCUCGAUGCUGAAGCGUAACAACGCCGGGAAGGCGCUGGAGAUUGCACGGGUGGCGCGUGACAUGCUCGGUGGUAACGGGAUUUCCGACGAGUACCACAUCAUCCGCCACGUGAUGAACCUGGAGGCGGUGAACACGUAUGAGGGAACGCACGACAUUCAUGCUCUGAUUUUGGGACGUGCCAUCACGGGUAUUGCAGCAUUCUAAACUUAUCCGUACUACUUCAAACCGUCGUACUAACGCGCAUUUAAUUUUACGCAUUUGACCAAUACAACGAUGAACCAGUGAAAUCUA